GCUCACCUCCUCAGACUCGUAGCACUGAAACUGUGAAACGGCACUACUCUACUCUGCUCCUUCAAAAUGGUGCGUUUUUAAAGAGAUAUGAACAACAGAGCGAUGAUGAUGAUGUCGUCGACGUCGGCGUCGGCGUCGUCUUCUUCGGCGUCGACUUGGGUAUCGACCACCUCUGUCUCAUCUUCGGGUAAGCGGAUUCAGAGGGAGAUGGCUGAGCUUAACAACAAUCCUCCUCCUGAUUGCUCCGCUGGGACCAAGGGCGACAAUCUCUAUCACUGGGUCGCCACCGUUAUUGGCCCCCAAGGGACACCAUAUGAAGGCGGUAUAUAUUUCCUCGACAUAACAUUUCCCAGUGAUUAUCCAUUUAAACCUCCAAAGGUUGUGUUUAAAACCCGAAUCUACCACUUCAAUGUUGAUUCUUCGGGUAACCUUAAAUUGGAGAUCUUGAAUGAUGGUUGGAGUCCAGCUCUAACAAUUACAAAGGUGUUGCUUGAAAUUCAAAAACUUUUCACCCAUGCUGACCCUUGUAAUAAACCUCUCGUUCCCGGCAUUGCACAGCUAUACUUGGCAGACAGAGCUAAGCACGAUCAAAUCGCUGCGCAAUGGACAUUGCGAUUUGCAAAGUGAAUCUGACAUAAGAGCUAGAGCACUUUGUGUGUAGCAUGCAUUCAACAAUUUUGUAUAUAUACAAUUUGAGGAUAUGAACUUUACAGUGUAAGUGUCAGCAUUUCUAGCUUAUAACCAAAGCUUUACUGUGUUCUUUAAGCAAUAGCAAUCACAAGGGAAAAGCACUUCUUGUAGUGUAUCUUUACUUCAAUUUUUUCUGUUUGGUACUAAUCACGAUUAGUGAUCGUAUUUUGUUAUCACCUCUUUCAUUUUAUGAUAAAUUAUUUUUCAAUAGUCA